AUGGCUGACAAACAGAUUGCAGUCGACUGUCUGGAACAUGUCGACCAGGUGCUGGUCGACGAAACGGGUCGCAUCCAGCGUCUCCCGGUGCCCAGCGAUGAUCCCAACGAUCCCUUGAACCUGGCCCUGUGGGAGAAGACGGGCAUCGUGGUGUGCUGCUGCUGGUUUUCUAUCAUGUCGCUCUCCGUCAUCGGCGGACUGGGAUCAGUCCUGGACGUCUUCUUUCAGAUGUAUGGCGCCGAAGGCCACAGUACCAACCAGGUCGUAUGGCUGUCGACCUUUCCAUCGCUGUUUGUAGGCAUUGGAAACUACUUUAUCUUGCCGCUAGCCCUCAUUUGCGGCCGCCGACCCGUGAUGCUCAUCGCCAACACCGUCCUGUUGGGCUCGCUCAUCGGCUGUGCCCUGUCGCAGAAUUGGGAGGAGCAUUUCGGACUGCGUAUUGUAUUGGGAUUUGCGACCGGCGCGACGGAAUCACUCCUCCCCCUGAUGCUCGCCGAGGUGACCUUCAUCCACCAGCGCGGCACCAUCUACGGCAUCUACUGGGCCACCCAAAAUAUCGUGACCAGCCUGUUGACGCUUGCCAGCUCCUACGAGGUCGCCGCGCUGGGCUGGCGCUGGUUCUACUGGGUGUUUGUCAUUACCGUCGCGGUCGGCCUGGUGCUCGUCGGAUUCUUCUGUUUCGAGACCCGGUUUCCGCGCCGGGCGGUCCUCGUCGACGACCAUGUGGCAGUCACCGAUCAGUACGGCGUAACCCGAGUCCUCGAUGCCGAAGAAACGCGGGAAUACCUCGCGCGAGAAGACAACCUCCACUCUUCCCUCCAGGGAGAAGUCCCUCCCAAGAAAACCUACCGCCAGAUGCUCAGUCCCUGGCCCGGCCCAUCCCCCCAUCCAGUCCGCACCAUCCUUCGAACCUGGUGCCAGAUGCUCGAGACCUUCAGCUCCCCGGGGAUCAUCUACGCGACGCUGCUCUCCGCCGUCAUUCUGGGCGGUUCCGUUGGCGUCUCCCUCACCUACGACACGGUCCUGCAAUACAACUACCACUGGCCCGCCUCCAACAUCGGCCUGAUCAAUCUGGGCGGGGUCUUCGGCGGGCUGGGCGGGAUGCUCUACGCCGGAAUCUUCGGCGACCGGUUCAUCGUCUGGAUGGCGCAACGGUCCGGGGGCGUGCAUCAACCCGAACACCACCUCCUCUUACUCAUCGCGCCAGGUCUCCUCGCCGUCGCCUCAUUACUGCUCUACGGCUUCACCGCCAGCGGCACCGCCACGUGGGGCGGACCCUUCAUGGGCUGGACACUGUACCAAGUAUCAUUCGUAUCGACGCUCAUCCGGACGACCUCGUUCGCGACCGAAGCGUGGGAGAAGAAUCCCGGCCCGGCGUUGGUCACGGUCGUGGGGACGAAGAAUCUGAUCGGCUUUGGGGUGAGUUAUGGGUUGAAUCCGAUGGUGGCGCGGUAUAGUUAUCCGGCGGCGAUGGGGAUUUUGGCCGGGGUGGUGGGGGGUGUGCUGCUCCUAGGGGUGCCGGUGUAUUUUUUUAAUCCGAUGUGGAGACGGUAUAUUAGCCAGCAGAGGAGGGUGGAAUAG